ACGCAAGCCACGCGAGCGCGCGCGCGCAGGCGCUCGUGCCCGCGCCCACCCACGAGAGCGCGAGCCCAAGUACUUUUUUCCCUGGGUAUUUUUUUCCUUCUUCUUCUUCUUUCUCCCCCUUUUGAGUUCUCUUCUUCUCUGGACGAGUUUUUGGAGAGGCGCAAAAGGAGAGAAAAACAAGGAAAGUCGGCCUUCUUUUCCUUCUUUUCCUUGGACUUUUAUAUUAUUCCGGAUUUUUGUCUUGUUAUAUUUUAGAGAGGGGGGGAGGGCUUGCUCUGCUCCUAAAAGGCGGACCGAGAGGAGAACCAGAGACCCUCCCCCUUUCCCAAAAAGAACACAACAACAAAACAAGAAACCUCUCCAAAAUCCAUCUGGCAAUGAGUUAAAAAAAAAGCGGCGCAAAGAAGGAGAUGGACACCAAACAUUUCCUCCCUUUGGAUUUCUCCACCCAGGUCAAUUCCACCUCCUUGAGUUCUCCGACGAGCCGGGGUCCGAUGGGCGCCCCUUCCCUCCAUCCGUCGAUGGGCCCCCUGGGGUCGCACGCUCAGCUCCAUUCGCCCAUCAGCACCCUGAGUUCGCCCAUCAACGGCAUGGGGCCGCCGUUCUCCGUCAUCAGCUCUCCCAUGGGGACGCACUCGAUGUCCGGACCGUCCCCUGGCCUCGCGUUCGGAACGAAUAGCCCGCAGCUCAAUUCUCCCAUGAAUCCAGUGAGCAGCACAGAAGACAUUAAGCCUCCCUUGGGCAUCAAUGGCGUCCUUAAAGUGCCAGUUCAUCCGUCGUCGGCCAUGGCCUCCUUCACCAAGCACAUAUGUGCCAUCUGUGGUGACCGAUCUUCAGGUAAACAUUACGGCGUAUACAGCUGCGAAGGCUGCAAGGGCUUCUUCAAGCGGACGGUGAGGAAGGACUUGACCUACACCUGCCGCGACAACAAGGACUGCUUAAUUGACAAGCGCCAGCGGAAUCGAUGCCAGUAUUGCCGGUACCAGAAGUGUCUUGCGAUGGGCAUGAAAAGGGAAGGGAUGGAGCACCAUCCAUCCCGGCCCACAAGACUCCCUGGAAGGCAGGAAGAACAAGCUGUCCAGGAGGAGAGGCAGCGGGGCAAGGAUCGCAACGAGAAUGAGGUCGAGUCGACGAGCAACGCAAACGAGGACAUGCCCGUGGAGAAGAUCCUGGAAGCGGAGCUUGCUGUGGAGCCAAAGACGGAGACGUACAUUGAAGCAAACAUGGGCCUGACUCCAAACUCACCCAAUGAUCCGGUCACCAACAUCUGCCAGGCGGCAGACAAGCAGCUCUUCACGCUGGUGGAGUGGGCCAAAAGGAUCCCCCAUUUCUCCGAACUGCCCCUGGAUGACCAGGUCAUCUUGCUCAGAGCCGGUUGGAACGAAUUGCUCAUUGCGUCCUUCUCUCACCGAUCCAUAGCUGUGAAAGAUGGGAUCUUGCUCGCCACGGGUCUACACGUCCACCGGAAUAGUGCUCACAGUGCGGGGGUCGGCGCCAUCUUUGACAGAGUAUUGACAGAGCUGGUGUCGAAAAUGCGAGACAUGCAGAUGGACAAGACAGAGCUGGGGUGUCUCCGAGCCAUCGUCCUCUUCAACCCCGACUCAAAGGGCCUAUCGAAUCCUGCCGAAGUUGAGGCUUUGCGUGAAAAGGUGUACGCGUCGUUGGAGGCCUACUGCAAACACAAAUAUCCCGACCAGCCCGGGAGGUUCGCCAAGCUCUUGCUUCGCCUCCCCGCCCUCCGGUCCAUUGGCCUGAAAUGCUUGGAGCACCUCUUCUUCUUCAAGCUAAUAGGGGACACGCCGAUCGACACGUUCUUAAUGGAGAUGCUGGAAGCACCCCAUCAAAUGACUUAAGAGGCGAGGAACAGUCCCUUUCUUUCUUACCCAGCCGACUUCCUGCCACCACCGCGACGCCUCCCGUCCGGCCGAUAUCACGUCCUUCUCCUGGUACAAGAGACACCGCCCACUCGUCUCCGCCUGGCACCCUGCCUGGCAACACGGUUGACUCAGCCCUUUGGCCGCUUUCACGCCAAUCUCUGUGCAUCUGAGGAUCGGCUUUCGCAAUCCCUUUCGCAGACGUCGAGGCAGACUGGUCUUGAAGUGCGCAAAGGACGCACCCGCUUGUUUCCCGCAUUGUGUGCCCGGCACGUCUUUUCCUAAGCACAGGGUGGAUUCUGCAAUUGGGGCCCCACUCAUCUCUCUCCUUUUUGUGGCUUUGGGUAUCCCCAGGCACAUGCACACACACACACACACACAAAUACACAUACACUGGGGUAUAUGGGGGUGACUUUAAUUUGCUUGUGUCGUUGCAGACGAGUGGACUUGUUGCCGAAUGAAAGGAUUGUCAUUUCAAAACAAACAAGAAAAUAACAACCACCCAAAUAUAUAUAGAUAUAUAUUCCCUAUUUGAAUCUAACUUGGAGUUGAGUUUGAAGUUUAGGAGCCAUCACUUAUUUAAGAGCAAGGGAUUAUGGGAGACAGGGCAGUUCAUAUGUAGCAGGUUGGAAUCCCACACAGAUCAGAACGGCAGUGUUAUCAUUCUCUUUUUGUGUUGUUUUUCCAAUAUAGAGGCUGCUUUUAGGAUGUGAUGCUCACAAUCUCCAGGCCCUUGCCUUUGCUUACUCAGUGAUAUAUUACGAUAUAUCAUAAUAUAUAUUAUGAUAUAUUAUGCUAUACGGGAUUGGAAUUGUUCUGUUAUGGAACAAUCCCAGUGGGGCUGAAAGUAUGACUCUCGUCCCCCACGUUUACAAUAGAAAAUUGUGAUCAGGCGGUGAGGAAUUGCCAUAACAUUGAAAAUGGGUUUGCUGUAUGGAGUCCCAAUAUGUGUGAAAGCUCAGUGUGACUCCCAAAGGUCUGUGGAUUGUGACUGACAACUUAAAGUCUGCCUUGUUCUCUCUGGUUUGCAUUUCAUAUCCUCCACUUUGCUUCUCCUUUCGUUUUGUCGAACUUCCAUCCGGUCCUGGUGUUUUUCCCAUUUUAAAAUUCCAUCCGGUCCUGGUGCUUUUCCCAUCUUCAAUUUCCAUCCGGUCCUGGUGCUUUUCCCAUCUUAAAAUUCCAUCCGGUCCUGAUGCUUUUCUCAUCUUCAAUUUCCAUCUGGUCCUGAUGCUUUUCUCAUCUUAAAAUUCCAUCCGGUCCUGAUGCUUUUCCCAUCUUCAAUUUCCAUCUGGUCCUGGUGCGUUUCCCAUCCUAACCUAUGGGCAUGUGUUCAGCUACACUUUCUUGCCUCCUUUUUUUUUUUUUUUGCCAACCUUGAUUUCUCUUGGGUGAAGGGUGUUACAAAGAGGGCAAAAAUAAUUCAUGAGGAAGAACACGAACUCAGAGGGAUUGCCGCAGUUUGCUUUUGCCUGAUGCUAUGGAAAAGCAAGAUUUGGCCGCUUUUCUUCCUCUCUAGUUGAGUUGAACUGGAUUUUGCCCUUUGCGAUGAUGGGAGUAAGCGUGUGGGGAAAGUGGGAAGUAGAGCGAGAAACCAGGACAUUGUAAAGAGAACUGGAAAAAGUGGCAGAAGAUUGUCAAAUCAGGACAAUUGGAAUGGAUGCACUUAUUCGGAGAGAUAACCCAUGGAGGUCUAAGAGGGAACCUUGCGAGAGGAAAGGGAAAAAGAUGAUGCAUUAAAGAGCCAUACACACACACACACACAUAUAUAUAUGAUCACAACCCAUUCGGCUCCUGGCCAAUGAAUCCAAAGAUGCUGCAUUUUCCCGAACGACUGUCCCGGUGGGCCACGUCACCUAAUGCGACCGCAUGAUGCAUUUUUAAGUUGAUACAUAUGUGUGUGUAUACAUGUAUGUAGUCUAGAUAUAUUCACUGUAUAAAUAUCCUUUUUCACAUAUACAUAUAUUAUUCCCACGUUAGUGCUACCUUUGUGUUCUUGGAUCAUUUCUUUUCUUUUGAAAUUCUUGGUUUAUUCUCUCUCCCCAUUUUUUUUUUCAUUUGCUUUAUGAAAGCAAGGAUUUCUUUUCCCGACGGAGCGGCCCUGUCCGUCUCCCCUUUUCCUGACCCCGAAACUGGAUCUUUGUCACCUGAGAAGAGGGAUAUGUUGCAUCUAUUUUAAGAUGCCGUUCUUUUUUUUUUUAAUGGGGAGGGAAGGCGAAAAAAGCCACCAGUGGAUCGAACAAUAGCUUUAGUGAUGCCCAAUGCUUUCCCUGUGGAGUGCAUAGCUGAAAAAAAAAAUUAAAAAGAGAAGAAUAAGAAGGUAUGCAAACUAUCUAAAGCGUGGAGAACGUUAAAUAUCUAUUUUUGUACAAAUGUAAUUUUAUCCCUUGCAUAUUCUUAGGAAAAUAUGGAAUUUUUUUUUUGGAGGGGGGUUGCUUUUUCUGCGUUUAUAGAAUUUGUUCGCAAUCUCUUUAUCAGUACGCUUGGCUACAAACAGCUCUAUGUUGGCCAGAGGAAGACCUCGACAUUGCGUGAUGUCCGGAAAUCAUCCCGAUAUCGUAUUCUUUCGAAUGAGUGGAUUUUUAAAAAUUCUCACCCCAGCUUUUUUUGGAUACACAAAAAUUAAAAAAAGCCUUUUCUUGCGUCCCCUCAAAAUAUUCCCCCCUCAUCCCAUCGCAUUCCCUUGCCGGUCUACUCUACUGUGAAAUCACUACCGUAUAUUAUUGUUCACUAAAAAAAAAAAAGUUGAAAAAAAUAAUAAAGUAAAUACAAAAAAAAAUUCUGCUGGAAAUGCCAGUAUUUUGAAGAAAUGUAUUAGAAUUGUUUUGAAAAAAAAGUAAAAGAAAAAUAUAUGAGCAUUUUAAAAUAUA